AGACGUUUUUUUCUGGAGUCCUCGAUUAAGAUGAGUAAACUAUUCCUUGUAGAAGAUUGGGGAGCCCCGCCCUCCACUUCUUCCCGUUAUGUUACUUUCAUUUCUCCAGAGUCUUUGGAGUUUCUCUUCUUGAGCGGUCGCCGUAUCUUAGUGGUCGCAACACUUUCAAGAAGAAUGGCCAGUGGAACUGCAGUUGUUAUACCCUCUAAUGGAGAAAACAUAAUCCAAACGGCUCCUGAAUUGUCCAGUGUUGCUCUUCAGACAUCUGGAGCAACUCCAUAUCUCCAUUAUGGAGCUCAGCAAAUUCCCACCAGUUCUCCUCAACAAGUCCCACAAAAGGGUCCUUUGGAGAGAUUCCUCAAGGCUGAGCCCAAAGUCCUUGGGGCUGUCCAAAUAUUGAUUGGGGUGAUCCACAUCUGCUUUGGGGCUGCCUUGGUUUCUUCAAUUUCUUCUCUUCACUUUUCCACCCACAUGUUUGUAGUUGGAGGUUACCCCUUUUGGGGAGGGAUAUUUUUUAUUUCUUCUGGAUCACUUUGUGUAUCAGCUGCGAAUCGUCCAAUUCGUGGUUUGGUGAAAUCCAGUGUAGGAAUGAACAUCACAAGUGCUAUAAUCUCAUUACUUGGUAUCAUCCAGUACCUAUCUAAUCUGAUAAUGUACAGCUAUAUUUGUAGAAAUAACUAUCCAUGUAGUGUCGGUUAUGGCCUCUCCAGUGUGUUUUUCUUGUUCAACCUGCUGGAAUUUUGCAUCACUGUUCCCCUGGCUCACUUUGGGUGCCAGGCAGCUUGCUGUAUUGAUGACCAGCCAUCGGUGCUUUUUGUGCCUUACCAAGUCAUCGGAGGUGGAACAGUCGCAGCUGAAACAAAUCCUCCUCCUCCUCCUCCACCGACUUAUGAUAAUGUGGUUUCCAAAUCUCAGUAAAACAAGAAGGAAAUUUGAGAAUUGUUGGGAAAUGAGGUUUUAGGAGAAGCAAUGCAUUUCAUAUUACUUAAUUUUGUCUAGCUUGCUUGUUUAUUUUUCAAUUAUAAUCUUUAAACACCAAAUUAAAUGGUGAAAAGUUUUGAAAGUUCUUCUAUUUUACUUGAUACCUAGUUAAUAUGCUUUCCAAAAAACAAGAAUUUGUGCUGGAAAUCAUCAUUGUAUUUAUAUCGAUGUUUGACAGUCAUACUUGGAAUUGUCAAUCAUUAAGCAAAGUAGCUUUAAAAUCAAAAUUUGUUUAUGUUUGCUUUGCUUUAUAAACCCUUGAAGGCCCUAAAUGUGAA